UCGGCAAUUCUCCGACGGCGCCCAUCUCCACUACCUCCUCUCUUUCUCCCCCCUGAGGUGAGAUAGGAAGAAGGGAGCCGCCCAUCCCUCAAACCACAAUCUGUGGCGAUAGAGAGUGGAGGACACAGCUGCGAGCAGAUUUGUUGAAGAAGGUGGAGAGGAGAGGAACAAUAGAGAUAUUUAAAGACAUUCAGCAUCAGCAGCAAGAAGGGUCCCAGUACGGGGGAACGACUUCGGAAAUGGUUCCAUUCUCGCCCUCCGCCGUCGACUCCGGGGGGCACCUGCUAGGGCCUCCCGGUCCCGACCCAGUUCUGCAGCCGCCGUUGGCCGCAUCAGCGUCGCCCAGCUGCAGCCGGUCCCUGCCGCGUCGGAUCGUGGAUUUCGAGGAACUAGCACCCGCCGUGGUCGGGAAUUUCCCGGACGAGGACGCCGACAAGAGUGGUGGCACGACGGGGAACCGGUGGCUGCGGCAGGAGACGCUCGCACUGCUCAAGAUCCGCUCCGAGAUGGACGCCUCCUUCCGGGACGCCACAUUCAAGGGCCCUCUCUGGGAGGAGGUCUCCAGGAAACUGGCGGAGUUGGGCUACAAGCGGAGCGCCAAGAAGUGCAAGGAAAAGUUCGAGAACGUGCACAAGUACUACAAGCGCACCAAGGAAGGCCGAGCCGGCCGACAUGACGGCAAGAGCUACCGCUUCUUUAGCCAGCUUGAUGCCCUCUACAGUGGCAGCAUCAGCGGCGGCGGUGGCGCCACCACCUCAGCAGGCUUCAGCUCCUCUGCUCCCUCCGUCGUCGCAAUUUCACCUCCCUUCGGCGCUGGCAUGGUCGGCUCACCAGUCAGCAGAGCCCAGCCUAUCUCAGCGGUGGCCCCACCGACGAUGGCGAUGCCAACCAGGGCGGUCGUCCCCGAUCUAACUCUUCCCGGUGGCCCGCAGGGAGUCUCGAGCUCCGGCGCCGCUGCCGCCACUGGGUUAACCUUCUCGUCGAGUUCUUUCUCUUCCUCAUCGUCAUCAGAGUCUGAUGACGAGGAAACCGGAGCGGCUGGUGAGAGUCCGGAAGGGAGGAAGCAGAAGAACGGCAGGGGAUCGGGAACAAGCCGGAAGAUGAUGGCCUUCUUCGAUAGGCUGAUGAAACAGGUGAUGGAACGGCAGGAUGCUAUGCAGCAGCGGUUUCUAGAGGCCAUCGAGAAGAGAGAGCAGGACAGGACGAUCCGAGAAGAGGCAUGGCGGCGGCAGGAGAUGGGGCGGCUCAACCGGGAGCAGGAGCUUUUAGUUCAGGAGCGCGCCUUGGCCGCCUCCCGAGACAACGCCACAAUCUCCUACCUUCAAAAAAUAAACAGCCACACCAUCUCCACACCUACCAUGCCUUCCAACGCACCGCUUCCGCCACAGCAGCCGUUUUAUUCUCCGCCGGCGCCACCAGCAGCAACUCAGCAACAAUCACAACCCCCGACAGCUCCGCAGCAGCAGCAGCAGAGAUCACCCACACUGCCACGGCCGCCCCAGCAGCAGCAUGAGGUUCGGCAACACCACCAAACCAGCGAGGUCGUUUGGCACCAGUCUUCCUCAGCGUCGGAGAUUGUUCCCAGUCUGGAGCCUCAAGAGGCUGUUGGUGGUGGGAGACUCGAGCCCGUGUCAUCCUCCCGGUGGCCAAGGGCGGAGGUACAUGCAUUGAUUAACCUCCGCACUGGGCUCGAGUCAAAGUACCAGGAGGCCGGGACGAAGGGAACAACACUAUGGGAGGAAAUCUCAGCCGGAAUGCAGCGGCUCGGCUAUAUCCGGAGUGCUAAAAGGUGCAAGGAAAAGUGGGAGAACAUCAACAAGUACUUCAAGAAGGUGAAGGAGAGCAACAAGAAGCGGCCGGAGGAUGCCAAGACCUGCCCUUACUUCCACCAAUUGGAUGCCCUUUACCGCAAAAAGCUCCUUGGCAGCGGCAUCGCCGGCGUUGGAAACAGCAGUGGUACCGGCAAUACUGUGGGAAUUCAACGACAACAAGGCCGAGAAACCGAUCGCGCUUCCAAUCAACAGCAGAGUGAUGCACCAACAAUCUUGCCACGUCAACAGGCACCUCGACCACCAUCGCCGCAGCAGCUUACCGCAGAAGCAGAAAGCAAGAAUGAGAAUGGCACUAGCAACCAAAAUAGUGGGAAUUCCGAGAGCGAUGGGGAUUCCGUCGGUAUAACGAGCAACGGAGGACUUCCCCCGAGCUUAUUUGACGAAGGAAUGAAGAAGCCAGAAGACAUUGUGAAGGAGAUGACAGGGCAACGGCGACAACAAGCUGUGAUGGAUGACUAUGAAAAGUUUGGUGACGCUGGACCAAGACGACGACGGGAGGAAGAGAAAAUUUAG